AUGUAUUCAUUACAAGAGGUUGGUCAAUGUUCAAACCUAAUACCACUUCAACACAUGGGUCAAAGUUCAAAUCCUGAAACGACUCAACACAUCAAUGGCGGUUUUGAUGAUUAUCGUAGAUACGAGGAGAUGGUUAUCGAAAGCAUGCACCAACCCGAAGCUUCUUAUUAUCAACAAACACCACAACACCCAAAUCUUGAAGCCCAAAAUUUUUAUAAAAUUUUGAAACAAGCGAGUGAGCCUUUAUGGGACGGGUGUACAAAAUCUUCCACACUCUCUGCCACCACUAGAUUAUUGGACUGGAAAUCACAAUCUAAUAUUUCAGACACGUCAUUUGAUAGAUUACUUUCGGUAGUUAAAGACAUUCUACCAAUUGGCGAGAAGCUUCCUAAUAGCUUCUACGAGACCAAGAAAAUGUUGAAGCCACUAAAAUUGCCUUCACAACGAAUUCAUGUAUGUAUAAACCAUUGCAUGCAAUUCAGGGGUCUGUUUGUUGAGCUGGAUCAUUGUGUAGUAUGUGGCGAAAAUAGAUACAAAGACAAAGGGAGGAAGGUUCCUAAUUUGGUCUUGACUUACAUGCCGAUUGGACCGAGACUUCAAAGGCUGUUCUAUUCAAGGAAGACAGCCAAACAUUUAACUUGGCAUUCAGAUCAUCCAGUAGAUCCAGAAAAGAUGAUACAUCCCAGUGAAGGUAAAGCAUGGAAUCAUUUUGAUAGAACCUUUCCUGAUUUUGCAAAAGAGACGCGCAACAUUCGUCUCGGGUUGUGCACCGAUGGGUUUAGUCCUAAUAAUUCAAACACAACUCCCUAUUCAUGUUGGUCGGUGUUUAUCACUGUUUACAACCUACCCCCUUGGUUGGCUUUUAAACAUCAGUACAUACAACUUCCGUUGAUCAUUCCCGGGAAGAAGAGCCCCAGACAGAAUUUGGGUGUUUUUUUACAACCUUUGAUCGACGAGUUGAAGAUGUUGUUCACAGAUGGCAUUGAAACAUAUGAUGCCUAUCGAAUGACCAAUUUUCAGAUGAAGGUGUUACUUUUAUGGACAAUUAGUGACUUUCCUGCUUAUGCAAUGCUAUCCGGAUGGAGCACGCAUGGUACUUUAGCUUACCCUUAUUGCAUGCACCAAACAGAAUCAUUCCGACUUUCCAAUGGACAAAAACUGUGUUGGUUUGACUGUCAUAGAAAACAUCUACCCGAAAGACACAUAUUCCGAAAUGAUACAAUUAAUUUUUUAAAAGGCAAGAAAGUGAAGGGUCAUGAAGUGCCUGUUCCGUACCCAACCGGAGAAUAUAUUUGGGAGAAAAUCCAACAUUUCCCUACUGUAUACAACGGUACUCCUUAUGGUCUAAAUUAUAUAAAACCUCAUGGUUUUGGUAUUACACACAACUGGGUAAAAAAGAGCAUCUUUUGGGAGCUUCCAUAUUGGCGUCACCUGUUGAUCCGACACAACCUCGAUUUGAUGCAUAUCGAGAAGAAUUUUUUUGAAAAUAUGUUUCAGACUUCAAUGGGCACCCCAAAGUCCAAAGACAAUAUAAAGGCAAGAGAGGAUAUUGAGAUGCUUUGUGACCGACCUAUACUAAACCCCAUCAAGGAAAACAAUAGGAAGACUUGGAAGAAGCCUGGAGAUUACACAUUGAAAAAGGAAGAUGUUAAAAAAGAACUGCGUAAACAUCAAAGAUUAUAG